GGAGAUAAAAACUAUUUUCCCCCUGGAAAAUACGUAUAUCCAUUUUCUUCUGCACUUCCAAAAAACAUGCCAUCAACAUUUCAAGGAUACCAUGGCUUUGUUCGAUAUAUUGUAUCAGGCAUAAUUGAAAAGUCUAAGAAAAAGAAAUAUGAAACUGAACAUCAGUUGACAAUUCUUGCAGAUUUAGAUUUGAACAAAAUUCCAAAUGCAGCUUGUAGGACCCAGAAAGAGGAAGAUAAAUAUAUAUGCUGUUUAUGCUGUAUGUCAGGGCCGAUAACUUGCAAAUUAACGACAGACAAACUUGGAUAUAUCCCUGGAGAAACAAUUUCUUUCCAUGCGGAAAUUCAAAAUUUCAGUGGAAAAAUAUGCAAAAAUCGUGUAAAAUUUUAUCAGAUAUCUACUUAUCGUUCCAAGAAAGCAUUUAUAACGUCAGAAGAAAUAAUUGAAACAGUGAAGCACCGAAGAGAUGUUCAAUAA